AUGCCUGUUGGAAAACGUACAACAAAGGUCGUGUCCUAUAACGAACAAGAUGACGAUGAUGAUGACUUUAUUACCGUUAUUGAUAACAGUAAAAAAAAUCGUAAAAUUAAAUCGAAUCAUACUUCGACAGAAUCGAAAUCUAUUAGUAAACAACAACCACAAAAACAUGAUGAAAAAUUAUGUAAAUCUGAACAAGAAGAAGUUAACAUGAUACCUCAACAACCAAAAAAGUCACCUGAAAAAGUACCAAUCGAAAAUCCAAUCAUUAUAGAUGAUAAAGAAAACACAAAUAGUCAAUCAACAAUAUUCAGUAAUGUAGAUGAUGUCUAUGAAAAUGAAUCUAAGAAUGAGCAUGAAGAGGAAUUUGAUGAAGAAGAUGAAACGCCUAGUAAAAUAUCAAUAUGCAAAACAGAAGAAACAAUCAAGAAGACUGAAGUGCCAACAAUAUCUUCAAUGGUUCUUAAUAAAUCAGCAAUUGAGCAUCGAAAUCUUUCAAUUGAAACAUCAGAUCCUUCAAAGAAACGAUCGUCGGUUCCAUUAGGUUUUCCAACUAGUAAGAUAAAUAUUCCAUCACAGCAUGUGUUUCGUGUUGGUUUAUCACGUAAAUCAUCAACCAUUAAACCUCUUCAUCCUAAUUUCACUUCACGUAUUGUUCAUGAAUAA